GCCGCCCAAGAUGGCGGCGGGGUUGUCGUGGCAACGGGCCGAGGUGGAGGGUGUCGGGGAGCCCGGCCCGGGAGGGGAGAGGCUGGCCUGGCUCCUGGCGGGGCUGCCUGCCCUGCAGCGUUCAGCCAGGCCGGCGCCAGGUCUUUCCCAGCGCCCUCGUCUGCAGCACGGUGGGCCUGCUCUGAAGAGGCUGUGUGAGACCCACUGAGUGCCAGAGCUCCCAACCUCUGCUGCCUGUAUGUAGAGCGGGUAGUGCCUGCUGGGUUUUCCUUUGGCCUCCACGCGUGGCAUGGGCUGGCUGUCAGGGAAUGAAAACUUCAGCUAAGGAAGCUCCAAGAAAGAGUUCUCAUCCUCAGCCUGGAAAAGAGGAUCCAGAAGCACCUAUCGGCCCAGCAGAUGGAAGACACGUAACAGUUUGUCGCCUCCCUGAAUACCAGCAUCUAUUAUUAAAAACCAAGCAAACACACAAAACCCCUGUGUUUUGUCAGAUUUUUAUAUUGGAAGUUUCUGUUCAUCUUGUCUUUCUUUGCUGUAUAUUCACUUCAUCACCUGAGAAAACAAUUUGCUCAAAUAAUUGCAAUGCAAACUGACCCUCUGGAAUGAAUGCAAGUUGAAAUUACCUUCUUCUGGCCAGCAGUCUAGCAGAAAGACAUUUCAGGGCUGCACAAUUUCUGUUUCUGACUGAAAUAGUCACAGCCUCUUGAUUACAAGACAAAGUUCCAGAAACUGUUGCAAAAGAGAGAGAAAUCUUACCAUCUUAAAAGAAAUAGGACUCUUCUUUCCUUGUGGUGGUUUGCUGUUCAGUCAUGAGUAGAAGAUGUAGAACUAUGAGUUUGCAAAUCUAAGGCAGGCAGUCUACUAAUACUAAGUUAGCGAUGCUUAGGACUAAUGUAGCAGGCAUGUCUCCUUAAACUGGGAGGUUUAAGUACAGCGUGUGUCCAGUUGUACACAGGCUGUUAAUUCCACAGAAGUUUUAAACAAACUUUGCACAUUUCCUUUAAAAAUUGUUCUGGUGGUGUGAAAGGAAUGGCUUGUGUUUGUAUUAAUGUAUGGUUUUAUUUUUCAUUGCCUGCUUUUAAGACACUCAGAUACUGCUCAGUGCUAUGUUGGAGUACAUUAAUUUGGUUUCCAGUGAAGAGUGGUAACAUUGCAAGCUUGGCAAAAGUUAACCAAACGACUUCAGGCACUAUCAUGAGAGGAUCAGGUUGUUGAAGAGGAUGGUGUGGGAACCAGUGGAGACUAAAAUAACACAUAUACCUGGCAUCUCUGUCACUGCUUGCAUUACAUUUCUUUAAAAGCAUUGACUGCUGUUAGCAUUGUAGGACUGAUUGAUGGGGAGGAGUUGUUUUGGUUGUUAGCUAAGGAAAAGUGGAAGGAGGGGAAUGGUCCACGCUGCUGAAGACUGUGGAGAUCAGAAAUCAUUUGGAUCUGAAGCAGGAGCUGAGGAAGAACUUAAAAUAGAUCUGGAGGACUCCUCAAGCCUUUUGUGUGAACAAGCAACAGGGUCUGACAAGGCUAAUGGCUGAUCGAGUGUUGGUGAUUGGCAGUGGAGGGAGAGAGCAUGCACUGGCCUGGAAGUUGGCCCAGUCCCCCCAUGUAAAACAAGUGUUUGUUGCUCCAGGAAAUGCAGGAACAGCUGACAAUGGAAAAAUCUCCAAUUCAGCUGUUUUAGUGAGCAAUCACACUAUUGUUAUCCAGUUCUGCAAAGAUCAUAACAUUGGACUUGUGUUAGUUGGACAAGAAGCUCUUUUGGCAGCUGGCAUCAUUGAUGACUUGAGAGCAGCUGGAGUUAGGUGUUUUGGACCAUCUGCAAAAGCAGCCCAGCUGGCAUCCAACACUAGUUUUGCCAAAGCCUUUCUAGAUCGACAUGGGAUCCCAACAGCAAAAUGGAAAGCCUUCACCAAUCCCCAGGAAGCUUGUAGGUUUAUUAUCAGCACAGACUUUCCUGCACGAGUUGUACGGGCGAGGGGCCCUGCUGCUAGAAAAGAAGUGACCAUUGCAGCCAGCAAAGAGGAAGCCUGCAGAGCUGUCCAAGAGAUUAUGCAGGACAGAAUGUUUGGAGAAAUGGUUGUUAUUGAAGAACUUCUUCAAGGGGAAGAACUUUCUUGCUUGUGCUUCACGGAUGGUGUCACUGUUGCCUCAAUGCCUCCAGCCCAGGCCCACAAACGAUUACUGGAUGGCGACCAAGGUCCAAACACUGGAGGGAUGGGAGCCUAUUGCCCUGUUCCUCAGGUUCCGGAAGUUCUUCUAGAGAAAAUCAAUGAUGCUAUCCUUCAGCAUGUUGUUGAUAGUAUGAGACAAGAAGGAACAGCAUAUGUAGGUGUGCUCCAAGCAGGUUUAAUGCUUACCAAAGAUGGUGUGAAAAUUUUAAACUUUAAAUGUCAGUUUGGUGACCCUCAGUGCCAGGUAAUUCUUCCACUGCUUAAAAAUGAUUUUUAUGAAGUGAUUCAAGCAGCAAUUGAUGGCAAACUCUGCAGCUUCAUGCCAGCCUGGUCAGAAAAUAGUACAGCUGUAUGUGUGGUUAUGGCAAGCCCAGGAUACCCAGGAGACUAUGACAAAGGCAUGGAGGUAACAGGGCUGCUGCAAGCCAAAGAGUUGGGGCUGCAGGUGUUCCAUGCUGGCACAACGUUGAAGGAUGGCAGAGUGGUGACGAGUGGUGGCAGAGUCCUCUCCAUUACUGCUGUUAAGGAGGACCUGAUGAAAGCACUGGGAGAAGCCAACAGGGGUGUAGCAGCCAUACGUUUCAAAGGUGCCACUUACAGGAAGGACAUUGGCCAUCGGGGUGUACAGCUUCUCAAGCAGUCUCUGGGUCUGAUAUACAAAGAGAGAUGUGUGGAAGCUGUAACCAGUGGUGUUCUGUUUCAUCAGCUGGAAACAUCACUUGUAAGUGGUAUCAGAUCAGGCAGUCAUUCAGAGGUAGGAGGCUUUGCUGGUUUCUUUGACUUGAAAGCAUCUGGUUAUGAUGAUCCUAUCUUGGUAUCUCAAACUAAAGGCCUUGGGCCUAAACUGCAGAUUGCACAGGUGUGUAAGAGACAUGACACCAUAGGUCAGGACCUGGUUGCCAUGUGUGUCAAUGCCAUCCUGGCUCAAGGAGCAGAGCCUCUCUUCUUCCUCAGUUAUUUUGCCUGUGGCAAACUUGAUGUUGAAGUGACUGAAACAAUCAAAGAAGGAAUAGCUGAAGCUUGCAGAAAUGCAGGAUGUGCUUUCCUAGGCAGGGAGACGGCUGAGGUGACAGGCAUGUAUUCUUCUGGAGAGUAUGACCUGGCUGGCUUUGUGGUUGGUGCAGUGGAGCGAGGGCAGAUGCUUCUGGGGCUGCGGAGGGCUGAUGAGGAGGAUGUGCUUAUUGGGCUGGCCUCUUCUGGGAUUCAUGGCCGUGGCUUUAGCGUCAUAAGGAAGAUUCUCUUAAUGUCCUCCUUACACUACUCUUCACCAGCGCCUGGCAGUUGUGGUGACAAGACUCUAGGAGAUAUAUUGCUGACCCCAGCAAAAAUGUACAGUCCAUAUUUGCUGCCUGUCCUUCGCUCAGGGCAUGUGAAGGCUUUUGCCUUCAUUGCUGAGGAGGGGUUGCUGGAAGGCAUCUCCAGAAUCCUGCCAGAACAUGUCAGUGCUGUCCUAGAUGCUCUGAAUUGGAAGAUUCCUGAAAUCUUUUGCUGGCUUUACAAAGAGGGAAACCUCUCUGAGGAAGAGAUGGCUCAGAUAUUUAAUUGUGGGAUCGGUGCAGUCUUGGUUGUGCAGAAGGACCUGGCUCAGCAUGUUCUCAAGGACAUACAGAGACAUGAGGAAGCUUGGCUGAUUGGGAAAGUUGCUGCUCCCUGUCACACAGGAGAUUCUCACAUCAAAGUCGAGAAUCUUCUUGAAGCUCUGCAGCUGAGCAGCCCCCAGCCUCUGAAUAACACUGUUGUUGAGAGUCAACACCAACCCAGAAAAAACAAAGUUAAAGUAGCUGUUCUCAUCUCUGGAACAGGCACAAACCUUGCUGCACUCAUCAGUUAUGCAAAAGAGCCAGGCAGUUGUGCUCAAGUUGUCCUUGUCAUCUCCAACAAGUCUGGUGUGGAAGAACUACGAAAUGCAUCCCGGGCUGGAAUUCCCACCAGGGUGAUUGAUCAUAAGUUAUACGGGAGUCGCUCUGAAUUUGACAGCACAAUUGACCAAGUUCUUGAAGAAUUCUCUGUUGAACUAAUAUGUCUUUCAGGAUUUAUGAGAAUUUUGUCCAGUCCCUUUCUCAGAAAAUGGAAAGGGAAAAUUUUGAAUGCUUCCCCCUCUCUUUUCCCAUCAAUCAAGGGUGGAAAUGCCCAUCAGCAAGCCCUGCAAAGUGGAUUAAAAGUCACAGGCUGCACUGUGCAUUUUGUCCUGGAGGAACCUAGUCCAAAAGCAGUGAUCCACCAGGAGCCAGUAUCUGUGAAGGCAGAGGACACUGAGGAGACACUGUCAGAAAGGGUCAAAGAAGCGGAGUGCCGGGCUUUUCCCAUCGCCCUGCAGCUGGUGGCCAGUGGAGCAGUGCAGUUGGGAGAUGAUGGUAAAACCCACUGGAGGCAAGAGAGCCAAAGCCUCUGUCUUCAAGAGGAGAUGUGCACGUCCUCUCUCGUGGCUCUGGAGCCCCAAGAAAACGAUGUGGUGUAGCCAGGGUAAUGAGUGGCUUGUGCUCUGCUCGUCUUCCUCUCCUCCUCCCUGCCCUCAAUGUUCUUCUCUUUGACUGCAGGCGUAUCAGUAUCACAGGUUUCCCUUCUAAGCUGUGAUCCUUUUCCCUUAGCUUGCAGCUUUAAUUACACACCUUUUGCAGAACUGGCAGUGGAAGCCAAGCUAUCAUUUCAGAUUUUAAAUUUCUUUGUUCUGUUUUGUAUCUUUGUAUCUGUAAGAGAGAUACUGUGUUACAAAUCAAAGAGGGGUCUUAAGCUGUAAAAAUGCUGUAGUGCUUCAGAGGGAAAUUAAUUCUUCUGAGGGGUCAGUUUUUAUUGACUGCAUCACAUUGCAGAGCACCAAGAGUUUCACAAAGCAGCCACAAACAGGAGCUGUGCUGCUGCAAAAGGGUGACAAGCUCUUCCUGGAUGAAGGAAGCCAGACAUGCCAGGGUAGAUCAGUGAAGCCCAGCCUGGAACAGUGUGGAUUUGGGGGUGAACAAACAUUAGGGAUGAAUCCAUAGCUCUGUGGGAGUAGGUGGGAGCCUGCAAGGACCUCAUCCUUGUGAGGCCCUCCACUGUGAGAGCAUCUCAGGGUACAGAGAACAGGGCAUGUAAACAUGUGGGAACCAGAGUCUAGUGAGCUGCCAAACCUGGAGGCCAAAAAAAGCAGGGAACCUUUAGAAAGCAAACCAAAAUGAAACAAACUCCCCUUCACAGGUUAUUUGUCAAUACGAUGUAAUAGUGCUUAUUGAACAUACAUCUAAAUACUUUCCCUUGCUCCUUGAAAGAGGGCUGUGCAUUGACAUUUCCAGAGUUUCACAUUAAAACACAUGGCUCUUGAGGAAUGAAAAUUUUAUUAGAGGGACUAGAAACAUCAGAUUUUAGGCUUUUUUCUUCCUUCAUCCUUGAAAUAGCAGAACAAGACAUCCUCACCUUAACUUGUAGUAGCAGGAAAAUCUCAGG